AUGUCUGCUCCCAAGGGUCCCUUCCACCUGGUUACUGUCAACACCGUGCCCGAGCGCGCCAAGCGCCUCAUCGGCCGCCUUGUCGAGGCUCUGAGUGAUCGAUACACUAUCAUUUACCUCGACAACUGCGAGAAAAUCGAGGACGUCGAGGCGAAGGUUAAGCAGCACAACCCCGAUGUUCUGUUCAGCGCCUCUAUGUGGUCCGCCGAGCAGGCCGAACAGAUUCAUCAGAUUGCUCGCUCUGUUCGACCAGAUAUCAAGCUUCACGCCAUUCCCGAGGGCUUGCAGGUCGAGCGUGGCCCCGACGCCAUUGUUGAAUAUUUGAUUGAGAAGGUGCCGGUGCUGCUGGACAGCUAG